AUGCCGCUCAUCGAGCCGUACUUCCUGAGCCUCUUUGGCCACCACAGCUCGCUUGCGACCGUAGGAAUCAUGACCAAUAUAGCUUUUGGCGUCGGCAAGCCGCCUAUGAGCAAGAUUAUGGAUGUCUUUGGUCGGGCUGAGGGCGUCCUAGUGGCAAUUAUCCUCUACAUAAUAGGCGCCAUCUUCACGGCCUCAUCCACGGGGGUGAUCCAGUAUGGGAUCGGCCGAACAGCGGCGGCCCUAGGCUCGCAAGGCCUGCAGCUAUCACAGAUGAUAAUUGUAGCCAACACAUCCUUGCUGAACUCGCGGGCAUUGCUGACCUCGACGAUCACCUCGCCGUGGAUAUUCACGACCUGGAUCGGGCUUGUCGUCGGCUCCUGGUUCCUUUCCAAGGGCGCCUUCAGCUAUAGGACGAUCUACCUCGUCUUUGGGCUUGCGGUCCCGCUCUGCGCCAGCUGGCUCGUGCUCGUCUUGUGGAUCGAGUGGCGCAAGCUCAACAGUGAAGCCCGCCCGCCUGCCCGAAGGAUCGCCCUGCUCACUUCCAACCCCGACCAGGAGGACCAACCCGGGGGCCUUUGGAGUCCCCCUAACUCCACCAACACGAUCCUCUACAACUCCUGCUCUUCAUCUACUAGUCUCUGA